AUGGCACCAGGCGACAAUCUCCCCGAUUUCCUCACCAACACCCCUCUUGAUCCUACCUUUGAAAAGGACAUUCUGGACACGCACCUAAUCUACGACUACGACGCGCAGGACAGCAAUGGAAAGCCGGAGAGAUGGCGGUAUGAACUAUGGUGCUUCUCAUCUGACCGGGUAGUGUACGCUAUCCACGGGGGACCCAUGGCGGGCCGGAUAAACUACCAACGAGCAACCUACCAAUGCAUACGUCCUGGGGAGCUCUGGCAAAUCAAUUGGCUUGAGGAGACAGGCACUGUGGUUUCUGCAGUGUACGACAUCAAGGAGAAGACGAUGACGACAAUGAUUGCAUUUUCAGAGGGCCAUUGGAAGAGGUCCAAGGAGGCGUUGGGCGACAAAAGGAACAAGGAAGAUCUGGAGAGGUGGAGGGGGUUGGCGGCUGUGGGAAAUCAGACGGCAAGGUUCAUGUUGAGUGAACAGGGGCGCAUAGUAGAGACAUUCAAGGGGAAGGGAAAGUUGGUGCCGAUUGAGGAGAGUGAUGCGCUGUUUUAA